UGAUCGAUCGCAAAGCCGCAUAGAAAUGGCAGACUCUGCGCAGAGCUUCAUCUUUAUUGGCCUCGCCACGCUCAACAUCGUCAUAUCCCUCGACGGCGGCGGCGUGCCUGCGGCGCUCACAAAUAUCCAGCUCAGGUUCGGGCUGCAGGCGUGGCAGCUCGGGCUGCUCGGCUCGCUGGUUUACGUCGGGCAGGCGACAGGAUGCCUGCUCGGCGGCCCGCUCCUCAAGCGCUUUUCUCCCACGCGCGUGUGCCGCGUGAUGGUCUGCCUCAACACGGCGAUGACGGCGAUGUUUGCGAGCAGUCAGAAUUCUGCCUGGCUGCUGAGCACGCGCUUCUUCAUCGGGCUGCUGCAGGCUCCCACGUCGGUGUAUUUCCCCGUCUGGGUCGACGAGUACGCCCCGCCGGAGCGGCGCACCCGCUGGAUGGCCCUCAUCCAGGGAGGGACGCCGCUCGGCAUCAUGCUCGGCUACGCCAUCUCGGGCGUCAUGACCCUCGACAAGGAGCUCGGGGACGGGUGCCAUGCCGGGUACAUCGAGCACGCAGGCAGCUGCCUCAGCACUGAGGGCUGGCGAGUCCCCUUCUACGUCCAGUCGGCUGUGCUCGUCUGCUUCACCAUCGCCGGCUUCUUCCUCCCCCAAAAGUCCUUUGACCUUCCCGACACGGUUGACGCCGGGCUGCGGCAGGCGCAACGCCAGUCGCGCUUCUCGCAGCAGCCACCGCCUUCGUUGCGGGAGGACGCCUCGCACGCCGCAGAGGCGUACGACGAGACGCCGCCGAUGAUCAAGCCGCCGCAGGUCGCGCGCAAGCCCACCAACCUCGACAUCGCGCUCGAGAAGAUCUCGUCGCGCAUCACGAGCGUGCCUCACGGCACGCACAACGAGCAGCACAGCGUGCUCGGCCGCGAGCGGCUCGACUCGGGCAUGCUCGUCGUCGAGGCGGCGCGCGAGGUCUUCUCCCUCAGCCGGCGGGCGAGCGCGCCGGUGAUUGCCGCCACGGGCUCGAUUGCCGCCACGUCGCCCGUGGAGAC